ACCUUUCGUCUCAUCUCCUUCCAAACAAAUUCCCCACCUUCUUCCAGUUCCAGCACUCACAACCCACCAAGGAGGAGAAUCCCCAAUCCCGAUCAGCCUCAGCAGCGAUGGCCCCCAAGGCGGAUAAGAAGCCGGCGGCGAAGAAGCCCGCGGAGGAGGAGCCGACGACGGAGAAGGCCGAGAAGGCCCCGGCGGCGAAGAAGCCCAAGGCCGAGAAGCGGCUGCCGGCGGGCAAGACCGCCUCCAAGGAGGGCGGCGAGAAGAGGGGCCGGAAGAAGGGCAAGAAGAGCGUCGAGACCUACAAGAUCUACAUCUUCAAGGUGCUCAAGCAGGUGCACCCCGACAUCGGCAUCUCCUCCAAGGCCAUGUCCAUCAUGAACUCCUUCAUCAACGACAUCUUCGAGAAGCUCGCCGGCGAGGCUGCCAAGCUCGCCCGCUACAACAAGAAGCCCACCAUCACCUCCCGGGAGAUCCAGACCUCCGUCCGCCUCGUCCUCCCCGGCGAGCUCGCCAAGCACGCCGUCUCCGAGGGCACCAAGGCCGUCACCAAGUUCACCUCCUCUUAGAUUGCCAUGUUUACAUCUCAGAAACUGUAGUUGGCUGCCGUGUAUCUAAAACUAGUGUUUAUUGCUCAAUGGAAAUUGGUGGAAUGCUGUUAGUUUUUCGUUC